AUGCGGACCUUACUUUUUCUCAUCGUUGCCAUUAUUCCGUUGGCUAUUGCACUUGAUUGCAGAAAGUUUUCCUUCGCUCCAGCAUGCCGCGGAAUUAUGCUGAAAAGGUCGGAUAUACCAGAGGUAGAGACGCCGCUAGACCUUGAUCAGUUGGCUCAAAAUCUGGAAAUAUUGUCGUGGGUUCUUCGUCUAGCUGAAGCUGAUGGUAUCAAAGAAUGUAUACCAAUCUCAUGGAUCAAGCAUAAACUGACGUCAACAUCGUGGUCACCAGCGAGAUCGUAA